AUGUUUUGGGUUCAUUGCAUCGUCCUCUUCUGGGAGUCUUUCAUAAUUUCAUUUCCAUUUCCUCUGCUCCUCAGUUCCGUAAUAUCUACAGUCAUUCAAUCCUUGGAACAAUUUUCAGUAGAAGAAACUGUGAAAGCUAAAUGGGAGGAAAACAGACUAAAUAUAGCAAUUAUAACCACAGCAAUUCAUUUAGUUAUGGAUCACAAUAUUGCCCUUCGCCUCAAUAUUCGUGGAAAUUCCAUGUACUCGAAUGGAACGAAGUUGCCCUCAAAAUAUAGGAGAAUUGAUGACAACUACAAGUCUCUUGAAAAGGUGAAAGAAGCUCUUGCUCAAUCUGGUCUGGAGUCGUCCAACCUCAUCAUUGGAAUAGACUUCACGAAAAGUAAUGAAUGGACGGGAAAACACUCUUUCAACCAGAAGAGCCUGCAUCAUAUUGGUGAAGGCUUAAAUCCAUAUGAACAUGCCAUUUCAAUUAUUGGAAGGACAUUAUCAGCUUUUGAUGAGGAUAACCUUAUUCCUUGUUUUGGCUUUGGUGAUGUAACUACGCACGAUCGAGAUGUAUUCAGCUUUUAUCCAAAUAACAAGCCCUGCAAUGGCUUUGAGGAAGUACUAUCUCGUUACAGAGAUAUUGUUCCAAACGUUAAGUUAGCAGGGCCAACAUCAUACGCCCCGAUAAUUGAAACGGCUAUAGGAAUAGUUGAUCAGAGUGGAGGUCAGUAUCAUGUUCUACUGAUCAUCGUUGAUGGGCAGGUGACACGAAGUGUGGACACCAGCAUUGGCCAGUUAAGUCCACAAGAGAGAAGCACAGUUGACGUGAUUGUUAAAGCAAGUGAUUAUCCAUUGUCAAUAGUCUUGGUUGGAGUUGGUGAUGGGCCAUGGCACACCAUGCAGAAGUUUGACGAUAAUAUUCCCGCCAGGGCUUUUGAUAAUAUUCAGUUUGUUAACUUUACAAAAAUCAUGGUUAGAAAAGUCCCUUUAUCCCAGAAGGAAGCAGAAUUUGCUUUGGCUGCAUUAAUGGAAAUUCCCUUACAAUACAGAGCAACAUUGGAGCUCCAACUUCUUGGCAACAGGAGAGGAAUACCUGCAAAAGUUCCUUUACCACCUCCAUCAGUGAACUUCAGGUCAUCAAAUCCCCCUGCAAAUUAUUUCCAGUCGGCCAGCUUUGAACAAUAUUAUACAGCUUCCUGUCCACCAUCUCCCACUCCAACAGAAAGUUCAUCUAAUAGGAACUGCCCGAUUUGUUACUGGCACAAGCGAGAUCUUGCAUUUGGAUGUGGACAUCAGACGUGCUAUGACUGUGGUAGAGACUUGUCCCUGUGCCCGAUCUGUCGUGUGCAGAUAAGCACCAGGAUAAGGCUUUAUGAGUGA